AUGUCAUCCUUUCUCCAUCAUCGUCAACACUGCUCCCUCCGUCGUCAACUACUGCUCCCUCAGUCAUCCUCUUCUCCAUCCGUCGUCAACACUGCUCCCUCCGUCGUCCACUUCUCCUCCGUCAUCUUUGCUCCUCCGUCGUCAACACUGCUCCAUCCGUCGUCCUUGCUCCCUCCGUCGUCAACACUGCUCCCUCCGUCAACUCACUCCUCCGUCGUCAUACUACUCCCAUCCGUAACACUGCUCCAUCCGUCGUCAACACUGCUCCUCCGUCGUCCUACUCCUCCUCCUGCUCCAUCCGUCGUCAACACUGCUCCUCCCGUCAUCCACUGCUCCUCCGUCGUCAACACUGCUCCCUCCGUCGUCAACACUGCUCCCUCCGUCGUCAACACUGCUGCUCCCUCCGUCGUCAACACUGCUCCCUCCGUCGUCAACACUGCUCAUCCGUCGUCAACACUGCUCCCUCCGUCGUCAACACUGCUCCCUCCGUCGUCCUGUUCUCCUCCGUCGUCAACACUGCUCCCUCCGUCGUCAACACUGCUCCCUCCGUCGUCCUUUUCUCCCUCCGUCGUCAACACUGCUCCAUCCGUCAUCCUUCCUGCUCCCUCCGUCGUCAACACUGCUCAUCAUUGUCGCACUGCUCCAUCCGUCGUCAACUUCUCCCUCCAUCGUCCAUUUCUCCCUCCGUCGUCCACUUCUUCCAUCCGUCGUCAACCUCCCUCCGUCGUCCACUGCUCCUCCGUCGUCCUGCUCCAUCCGUCGUCAACACUGCUCCCUCCGUCGUCAACACUGCUCCUCCGUCGUCAACACUGCUCCUCCGUCGUCAACACUGCUCCAUCCUCGUCCUGUCUCCCUCCGUCGUCACCACUGCUCCCUCCGCCAUCAACACUCAUUCUCUCAAGUAUUCAAGCCGACUAUCUGUGUCACCUGUCCAUUUCUUGUCUCUCAUCCCCUCGCGUCUCGCCACAGACCAUAAGCUCUGUCUGGCCAGCGUUUCCUCUCAACCCCUGGCUCUCAAGACUCUCCUGCCACUGCGACAUUUCCCUGAUGUUCCUCUGUUUCUGUGUGAGAUCAUCCACAAACAGGAGCUCCUAA